AUGAAGCAUUUGGUGAAUGGAAAAAUCUGGCAGUGGGCUGCUGACAGCUCCAUUGUUCGGGUGUAUGUAGACUGGAUGAGCGUGUCGCAAGACGGUCGUAUCGUUGCAGUAAGAUUCGGUGCGCCUCCUUCUGCGGACGAGACGGAGAAUCUGAACGGUGCACUAGCACUGCCAGGACUACAUGACUCCUAA